CAAAAUUCGUCAAAAACGUUGGUUUUGCCCCGUGAGGUUGGUACGGUUGGAGCAGGGUUAGUUUUCAUUCCAACACGUGUGGACAAGUUUACACUGAAAAAACCGUGAAAAUAAGCGCAAAAACUAGUGAAAAUGGUUGUAAUCCAGCGUGUGGUUAAGGCGACCACACGUAAAGGCAAAAAGGUGCUCCUGAAGAAAGAGCCGCAAGUGGUUGAGGGCCCCAAGAAGGCGCUCUUUUUCCAGGGCAGGCGCUCGUCGGAGAAACUGCGCCGUUUGGCGAAAGAUCUGUACGAUUUGAAGAAGCCGGAGGCGCAAAUGCUCAACAAGAAAAAUGAUAUAACGAUUUUUGAAAAUGCCACUCCUGUGGAGGCGUUCUGUAAGAAAUAUGAGUCGUCUCUGUUCGUUAUGAGUUCACAUAGUAAAAAAAGGCCGGACAAUCUAGUCAUUGGUAGGAUGUUUAAUUAUAGUCUGCUGGAUAUGGUGGAGCUGCAUGUGGAGGCUGCUGAGUUCAUGAAAGACUUUGCCUGCUCGAAAAUAGCGCUCGGGACGAAGCCCUGUCUCGUGUUCAACGGGCCGGCGUGGGAAGAGACUGAAGUGUUGAAACAUCUCAAGAGUUUGUUCAUUGAUAUGUUUCACAGGGAGGAGGUUAAUUCAGUCAGGUUGCAAGGGUUGGAGCACACUAUUAGCUUUACUGCUACGCCAGAAGGGAAGAUUUUGAUUAGGUCGUACAAAGUUAUGAUGAAGAAGUCGGGGUGUCGGGUGCCGCGGGUGGAACUUGAAGAAAUGGGUCCCAGAAUAGACCUCAGCCUUCGCCGAAGCAAACUCCCCAGCGAAGACCUAAUGAAAGAAGCCUUGCGCAAACCUAAAGAACUCAAAGUGAGCAAAAAGAAGAACAUUAGUGUUGACGGCUUGGGCACAACCCACGGACGCAUCCACGUCGGUAAACAAGAAAUCAACAAAAUCCAAACCCGCAAAAUGAAGGGCUUGAAAAAAACCACCGACGAAAAGAAACUCAAACGAGCAGCAAAGAGAACAACUGACAAUAACAAUGUAAAUAAUAAAGUCAAAAAGCAAAAGCUUGGAUAACGCGUCGGUGCAAUCUUGUUGAUGAUUAUUGUGUAUAAAUGGUUAAAUUGUCUAGUUCUAAGGCUAGUUUUACGUGUAUUUUUUAUUUAAUGACUAUUUCAAUAAACUUUUUUUAUAAAAAAAAAAGGGAAAAA